AUGUGUAUAUAUAAAUAUUAAUACAUAUAUAUAUAUAUAUAUAUAAUAUCAUCGAAACGAAACGAAACUGUUGGAAGAUUAGCGCUCACAAAAUUAAAAUUUCAGGCAAUGGAAGCGAUAACAACAGGCUAUAUCAGGGAAAAGUACCAAGCCUUAUGUAAUUACCUGGAGCAAGACACUGUUGGCAGCGAGCUGGCCAUUUAUGGAACAUCUGCCCUGAUGCUGCUAGUGGCCACAAUCAAGCGCAAGCCAACCUAUCUUAUCCGGCAGUUCAAGCAGCCCUCGCAUAUACCGGAACGAAUCAUUAACGAGCGUGUGAUGCAUACAGGAAAAAUUUGCGGUGUGGAGCAGCGCAAUCAAGAGACCAUGCUAUUAAUCAAGCAUCGUCCGCUUAUACCGAUCUUUACCAGCCGCGAGCGUUUGUUGCCCGUCAAGCUGCCCGGCGUGCAUGUGAAUGCAAAUGGUUAUUCCUGGCUGCAACAAUGCCUUGUUGGACGUGAGGCAACCUUCCUACCAUUGAACAAAUCAAAGGCGAAGGAUUAUAUAGUCUGCCAGCUCUGUCUGGUGCACCCACCUAAGGGCAACAGACUUUUGGACGUUUCAGAAACGUUGCUAAAGCUGCGCUUUGCUAAAUAUGCGCAGGAUGUAGCGGCUAGCAUUAAACGCAAUGGCAAAUAUUAUAAACAUUUGCAACAGGUGGAGAGUAAUACAGCCAGCAAAGAGGCAUGGCUGACGUGGGCAGCACGUUAUCCGUACAUCUGGCAGCGUUUCAACCUGUUGAAAGCUUCCAUAUUACCCAAACAGCAGCUGUUGCCAGAGCUGGUUCGCUGAGAAAGGAAAAAAACUGAGUUUUGUUAGUUUAGUUUUAGCUGUAGCUCAUUAACGCGGGUAUGCUAACCUGCUCAAGAAUUUCUACACACACACACAUACAAGUGUGGCUUUUGUACUUUGUUGGAAUGUGUGCGAGUGUGUGUUUGCCAGUUCCCAUAUUACACGAAUAAAAAUGAUAUAAUAUUAAAUAUAUUUAUGACGCAUUGUAU